GAAGUUCAUUAUUAUGGCCACACUGGCAGUCUGGCACGCGAUGACACACAAUGACACAAUAGCCCUGGCCGUCUUGCCGGACAUCGACUGCUCCGUGUCGUUGGGAAAGUGUAUUUCUCUUCUACGCAUACAUGGAAACAAAAAUAGCUGAAGGGUGCAAGUUGGACGAUCACCACACCUUCCACACCCUGCACGACGCGUCAAUACAACAGUCAUUACGAAGUAGGCUUGGUGUUGAUCUGUUGUGCUCCCCUACCCAAGAUCCAGUCUCACCUGAGAUGUUCUAUGCAGCCUUCUAUCAAGAUUUCGAUCACCUCGAACAUCUCUCAGUGGUGUACAUCCGUAGAGGCAGAAACAAGCAAGCCAUUCUUAGGGCCAUUCUUAGGUCCGGUUUUUGCUGCCCCCUUCUUUUCCCCCUUCCCCUCUCGGGCGCACACAUGCCUUUUGGCCACACAACUGACAUCAUGCAUGCUCUUGCAGGUCCUCGGCUGGCGCGAUUGUGCUUUGAGGGUAGAAUCGAGAAACGGAAAGUUCGCGCAUCCCUCGACUGUUCACUACUCAAAACUUACCUACCUACCUCGGCUGGUUGUGUUGCAUCAAUCGUCAGACUGUGCAUGUGCACUGACCAACCCUGCAGGGCAGGCAUGCUGGGUAGCACCCAGUCACGCCAGUUUGUUCGUCCACAGUUCAAAACCUACCCUAAAUCGCGGCAGUUGUCCACAGUAAAUGCACCUUGUUUUGCAACGCUCAUGGCUUCUUCAUCGUCAGCACUGGCGGGGUGACAGGAGUGAAACCUCGUUCCUGAAACCUUGUGUCUCGACCAUGGCAUCGUCGGUCGCAACUGGGGCCGGGAAACUCGUCAAUUCCUGCACUGAGGCCACCACCGACUGGCGAGGCACCAAAUGAAUGCUUGACCGCCUUCUCCCAAAAAAGAGAGAAAAGGAGACAUGUGCUCACCGCCUGCCUGUUUGGUAGGUGCUCAACAAAUAACUCUCAUACCAUUGGCACUCUUCGCAACCAACAACGAACAGGGCGGUGGUCGAGUCAGUUGGCGGCUGAAGGCUGCUGUUGCCUGCAUCU